UGAAACCCCAAAAUCAUGGUUACCAUGGAAACAAAUAAAUCUUCAGUAGUUUAGUAAAUGAGGGGUCAUUUCAGCAUUAAUCAUAUAACCAUUUCCCCAAAGAUGUACCUCUUUUUCAGUUUUGCUAUACCAGUAUCUUUUCUUCACACAGUAGUUUGACAUAUUUAAUAACAAAUCUUUUAUUGUACAAAUUCUAUACAUCUAUAGUUGUAAUUAUGUAGAGUAAAGAUGUGUGACAAAUUUGGUAAGCCUUUAUUGGUGAGAAAAUAAAUGUUUUCAGGUUUCUGUUUAGAACACAAAUAUACAUCUUUAGUGACUAGAAAAAAAGAAUAAAAUGUGGGGUAGAUUGUGUUUAUCUGAGGAUAUCAGGUAUUGAGAUGGUUUGACAGCUGGAAUAAUUAUUUGUGUGAAUGUAAAUUUUAUGCACUUAUAGUACGCACCUGAAAUUUUGAAAUUCAACUGGGGUACAAUACAAAAAAAAAGGGGCCCAAUAUUGGGGAGGGCACCAUUUAAAUGUAUGCAGCUGAAAUGUAAAGGUGAACUGGUAUAAUAAAAGAUAGGGGGCCAGAUAUAGGGUAGGGCACCAGUUAAGGGUAAGCAUCUGAAAUGUUAUGGUGAAGUUCAGGUGAACAGGUGUAAUAAAAGAUGAGGGCCAGAUAUAGUGGAGGGCACCAGUUAAGGGUAUGCAUCUGAAAUGUUAUGGCAAAUAGGUAGAAUAAAAAAUAAGGGCCAAAUAUAUGGGAGGGAGCUGGUUUGAAAGGUUUAAGCAUACAUCUAUGGUUUAAGUAAAGUUAAGUUAAAAAAGAAAAACAUGGGAGCAAGAUAUAGAGAAGGGGCUCAAAAGAAGGUAAAAAUUAAUAUAUCAAAAGAAAUAAAUAUAGGGAUUUCAAAGGAAUCUCCACAGCGAAGGUAUCUACUCUAGAUUUUGGACACUUAUAUUGUGGGAUUGUUGUUCUUUCGGUGUUCAUGUUCUCAUUAUAACAGACUCACAAAAAUAAGAGUCAGUUUACUUCUAACAAUAUCAUAUACCUCAGUUAGAAUUUUUUCUUUUUUCACAUUUGAAGUAUGUUAGACAUGGAGUCGAGAAUUGACUUUAUAUUGUAAAGUAUAAGAUGGUAUGGUUACAUGAUAAGUCGAAAAGAAAAGGGAUCACUGUUGACCUAAGAUUGUAUCUUGAGUACAGAUAUAUUGGUGUAUUUAUUGUUAUGGUUCAAUACAACCUGCCAGAGGGAUAUUCUAUUGUCUACCUGUAUUUGUACCUAUCAUAAACAGCUGAUUUUUACCUGGAUUAUAUUAUUUACCUUGUAGAUAUAAACUUUAAUGAAUUUAUUAAAUACAUAAAAAAAUUGGAAAAAGUUGUUAAGAUAUGGACUUGCACAAUUUCCUAUUUACUCAAGCUUGAGUUAAACAUUCAAUUCACUGGAAAAUUUUAUUAGUCAAUUUGUUGACGAUGUUUUAUUUAUAGACAUUUUGGGAACACGGAACUAGACAAGGUUCCUCACUAGAACUAGCGCCAGCUCUUUUAUCAAUAUAUGACAGUAUUGCUGCCAGAACAAAUGGUGGAAUUACAUGUAGUAUUACUAAUGAAAACAAUAAAAACAAGAAAAUCGCAACGGACAAUCAGAGUUCACCUGUAGAUGUGGAUGAUAAUGAUGAAAGUGUGGAUAAUCUCUGCAAAAUGGCAUCCACCUCAUCAAUUGUCAGUGUGGAUCAGGAUUGUAAAAAACGACCAUUAAGUAUUAGCUCAAUGUCAUCCUCAUCAUCUUCAUCGUUAACACGCCAUACACGUAAACGACCAAACCUGUCUCCAUUUGAUCAAAGAUCUUCAGGUGACUUUGACGAUAAAAUAGAAUCAACAAAUAAUAAUUUUAGCGAUAGGUUGGACCACUUAUUGUAUAUUGAUGACGAUGUUCCGAGUGGAACUACAGACGAGGAAAUGUCCAUUGAUACGGAUGCUGGGAGUAAAUCUAGUGCAGAAACAAACUGUGAACAAAUACUUACCCCUAGUCAGUCGAAAGAUAGUCUCAUAACUCCAUCCCGUUCAGCACAAUCUCAGGAGACAUCAGAGACCAGUGUUCAGAUUCAGGACAGCACAGAACCCAGUAUACAGAGACGGGACAGCACAAGUCCCCAAAAAUACAUCUCCUAUGUUCAAAGAGUAGUCACGGAAAUCAUUGAAACUGAGAGAAUUUAUAUCAACAAUCUUAAGGAUAUAUUAGAGGGUUACAUGGGAUUUAUCAGGAAUUCUCCAGAAUUGAAGAUUUCUGAGGACCAUAUCUCUGCACUGUUUGGUAACAUUAAAGAAAUCUAUGAUUUUGGAAAAGAUUUUUUACAUGACUUGGAAACUUGUGGUGAUGAUCCAGUGAAAGUAGCUGAAUGUUUUGUCAAGAAUAAUGAUGGCUUUAGAAUUUAUGCCCAGUACUGUACUAACUAUCCCAGUGCUGUUGAAGUAUUAACCAUGAUAAUGAAAGAUCCUGAUUUAUGUGAAAUAUUCAAACACCAGCAGUUGUCUCUAAACCACAAUCUACCCUUGGGAGCAUAUUUACUUAAACCUGUCCAAAGAGUUCUCAAAUAUCAUCUUCUUCUACAAAAUAUUCUAAAGAAUUACAGUAAAUCUGAGCCUGGUCACGACAUCCUUACAAAAGCCAUGGAUCACAUGACCAGUAUGGCACAUCACAUUAAUGAGAUGAAACGUAAACAUGAACAUGCUGUACGAGUCCAGGAGAUACAGAGUCAGUUAGAGGACUACGAAGGGGAGGAUCUAACGAGGCUUGGAGAACUUGUUUUAGAGGGAUCUUUUCGUAUUUAUGGUGCUAAAACCUCAAGACAAGUGUUCUUAUUUGAGAGAGGAGUUCUGAUUGGCAAACGUAAAGAAGAUGGGAUGCUGAUAUGUCGUGUUAUGAUUCAGUGCUCAAACUUGAUGUUAGUGGAGAGUAUACCAAAGGAACCAUUGAGUUUUCAAGUCAUACCCUUCGAUAACCCUAAAGGUUACAUUACAUUACAGGCUAGAAACUUAGACCAGAAGAGGAAAUGGUGCCAAGAAAUAAAAAGAUUAAUUAUUGAAAGUUUUAAAGGCAAAAUUCCUGAGAAGGUCAAAGGUCUUGUAAUGCAACUGGGAAAAAGCCGUGAAGAAGAGGCAGCCAAGUAUUCUACCGUAGAUUCCCGUAGGAUAUCUCACCAUACUGCCCCUGAGUACCUGGAGAGGAGGCAGAGAAUGAGGAGGAAGUCAGGGACAAUACUGACAGAUCUACUGAAAACACAAAGAGGCAAGAAAGGACAGAGAAGGGCAGAAUCAGUGAGUCCUAGAUCUAGUCCACCACCAGAAAGAAAAGGAUUGUCUCACUCACCUUCCACUCCUAGUGCUAGAGAGGUAUUAAAUAGUUCCAAUACAGACACACCAACUCUUUAUGUGCCUCCAUCUGUCUCGCCUACAAAGGUAGUAAGGAGUACUAGUUUUAGGCAGGCUGUAAAACGUCAGCCAUUGAGAUCUGUGGACUUUGGACCCUUAGAUGACAAAGAGAAUACCUCACAAAUUAAACAAGAAACACCAAUAUCAUCUAGAAGGUCUAAAAGUUUCAAACGUGCAACCAAAUUGCAACCAUUACUCUCAGUAUCUAAUGAUACAUUUGAAUCCAUAGCGCCAAACAGUCAUGAACAAGAUGCAUUUUACACACCGUCAAAAAAAUCGGAAGGACUGGAGUUUUCCUUCUCUUCUCCUUCAACUCCAUCUGAAAAUUCAAGUUCACCUAAAACAUUUAAUAAAUUCAUUAGGAGUGAAACAGAGAAACUGUGCAAUGAUAAUUCAGGGUCUCUGUCUCGACACAGUCGGUAUUCUAGUAUGCCGGUAUUAAACACUCUGGAACCGUCAUCUCCAUUACUGCGUAAACACAGGAAGUGCAGUGAAGAAAUCACUAGUCAGGAAAACUCUUCAUUGAAAAAGAGGAUAUUUGAUACAAAGUUGUACUUUAAGAGGGACAGUCCUGAUCUUAGGAGAAGAAAUAACUCCGUUUCGGCUUUUCACGAUUCGUUCAUAAAGAAAUCAACAGAAAAUUUAUCCAGGAAAUCGACAGAACACCUAUCACAGAAAGUGGGACCAAUAACAUUAACAAAACCUCUACCAUUUAUAUCAUCAUUUGAUACAAAGCCUAAAAAACAGAACAUUAAAAAGUCUGUGUCAUGUGGUGCUGAAUCAGGGGAGAUAAUCAAUGAAGAUCCAUGGGAAAGGAAGACCUCAACACUGGUAGUCCCACAGAAUCAUACAAGGACCCAUUCUAUUGGUUGUGAAGGGGAUAUUGACAAAAUGGACUGGAUAGUUUAUGCCAAUAGAAAUUCACUUCCUGUAAACGGAUUUGACAUUGGACCAAAAUUAUAUAAAUAUUGCACCCCACCAAGGUCAACAAUGGAUUUGGCUCAGGCACAAAUAAAACGUGAACAUUUACAGGGAGAUAACUCAGUUAGGAUACAAAAGGGAGAUAAUCAAUUAGAUUUCAAAAAACAUAUGUCUAAAGUUUUACGCUUUCCGUCAGAUAAAUCAAAAUCAGACAAUUGUUUGGAUGACAAUCAUAUCAAAUCAGAAGAACUCAAUGAUUUUCCUAAUUUUGGUGCUUUACCCGUUGUAAAAGUUGCGAAGUCACAACCAAAAUUAAACAGAUCAAAUUCUAACCCAACGUCGACAUUACAUAAACAUCCACUGAGACAUUUCAGUAGUCCUUCAUUAUGUGAUGAUCACCAUAUCGUCAAGGACCAUGAACAGAUUAUAGCAGAAAUGGAGGAUUAUUUGAAACGUUCGGAAUCCACAUCAACAGUCAGUUCGGUUAAAUUUCCUUCAAAUGUCAUAAAUAACCCUGUAGAAAAUGAAGAAAAUAAACGGGAUUCUUGUGUUUCUAAUUUUUCUAACUCUUCAUAUGAGAGUACAGAUACAGCGCCAAGCUCCCCAGGUGUGGAUAAUUUUAUGGGAUCACUGAAGCAUAAAAUUCACGAUUUAAAACAGAAACUGUCUCAUAGACGUUCUGGUUCAUAUGACAAUCGGGAUAGCUCUGAUAAUGAAUUAGACAAUGACAAAUCAAAACCUAAGGAAACCAGAUCAAGUUUGUUGUCCUUGUUUACUAACAAAGCUAAGGAGGGUGCCAGUACAAAUUUACAAACAGUUUUACAUGCUGGUGACUGGGGUAGUCCUUUCAUCGGCCAAAGAAUGGCUGAACAAGAGCCUACCUAUAUUGACAUAACACUGUCUCUCACUCGACCAAAGGAUAAAUGUGAUCAAUACAAAGUUGAUGUUAAUGGUCAAACAAAACCUUCCACAAAUAUUCAAAUUGGAGACUUGGAGGCUUCUGAAAAUUUGCAUCUUCAAAACUGUGACUCCGCCUUCUCCAUUCAAGGUGAUAUGGCUUUCGGCAAUAAUAUAGACGACUCACCUCGGAGUCAGAGUAGUGAUGAUAAAUCUGAAAUCAAAAGAGUAGGAUCACUAUCUUCAACAGACAGUAUUUACGAGAAACAAUUUUCUAUUGCUUUCGAUGAUGGGGAACCUUUUCGUGACUCUGCCGUUUAUUGUGAAAUGGACCCAGAUCAAAAUACAACAAAAUCAGAAUCAAAGAUACCCGCUCGUGUUCCUAUCAAAUCAUAUGUACAAAAACUUGAGGAGAAAACUCAACCUGUUCAGAUUCCUGUAACUAAGGUUAAACAGAGAGAACCUGGUGCUAUUAUUAAAAAAAGACUAGAAAGUCUGCAUACAAAUUGUUAUAAAACAAAUAGUCGACCAUCCAGUGUUGAACGAGAACUCAGAUUCUAUAGCAGACCUUCAAGUGUUGAAAGAGAAUUACGAAUUUCUAGUCGUCCUUCGAGUGAAGAAAGACAAGUUAGAAGUGUUAGUGUCGAUAAAGAGUUACCUCCCCGAUUGUCUGAAUUUGACCGACCGUGUCUUCGUAGGGAGAUGUCGGAUGCAACAUAUCGUCUUCCAUCAGUCAAUCGUUACAGUGAUGAGAUGUCUACGACCGUGUCCACUAGCAGGCUGGACCAACUAAACAUUGAUUUGAAUAAUCUGAUUGUUAUGAGAGGUUGGGUUAGACAGCUGAUUGAUAAAUUUCAACAAUCUAAGAAUUGAUAUGUAGUCAUGGUUACAUUUAUUAUGACAUAGUUUAUAUUACACUAAUGUAUGUAAAGGUCCUUUCAGCAUGCUUGUGAUUAGUAAUAGUGCUCCGUUGAUUUUAAAGAUAUAUAGAAUUGUUGUUGACUUUUUUUACAUUACACAUUUGUUAUUGAAGCAAAAUCAAAUCUAGUUUUUAUAAUACUUUUAAUAUGAUCCAGAUUAGAAGUUGGAUUUUUUGGAGAAAAUAUAUAUUUUGACUAAAAAUAAAAUAUAAUACAUGUACAAUGUACAAUGUAUUUGCACUAUGGAUCCUAUGGAUAGGAGAGAUUGAUAUGAGUUGAUUGUCCAAUUUUUUAGUUCAUUUUUUUUCUUAUUUCUUCUGUUUCUCUUUGUUGAAAAUUUUGUAAAUGUUUACAGAAACCAAGAUGUCUGUAAUUUAGUGCAAUAAUUGUGUUGUUCUCAUUAGUUCCUGUUAUACUUUAGAGAUAAUCAGUAACCAAAUGUGAAUAUUUAUGUCUUCUGAUUUUUUGUUGUAUUCAUUGGCAGAUCAAGGUUUAAUAAUUAUUUACCAGUGGCUGAUCCAGGUGGGCAUAUAGGAUCUUUGAUCACCUAAAAAAAUAAAAUCUCGUGUUUCUCACAAUUUAUAUGUUUUUUAGCAUAAAAUUGUCCAAAAUUUGUUUCACCUUGCUCCCCUGCAGUUUUCUGAAAUUAAGCCCCCUUUCAAAAAUCCUGGAUACCCCUGUCUACUGACUUAUUUUGGACACAGUUCGACAUAACCCUCAGUGACCUUCAGAUUUUUACUGCUGACCAUGUCAACACUUGUUACUUAAGUGAUAACCAUUUUCUCUGUUGACAAUGAUAUUCUAUUCUGUUUUGAUUAAUUUCUUACUUGAUAAUAGUGAUAAUAAAUAUAGAAGGUUAGAUGUCAAAAGUUUAAACAGGACAUUGCUACCAAAGUACUUUCUAUCACGUCAGUAGUCGUUUAUGUUUAUAACAUUUACACUUGAUUAUUUUUUGUUUUUCAAGUGUUAAAUGCUAUUUAUGAUGUUAUUAAGCAAAUGUUUGCUGCUGAUAUUUAUAUUAAAAAGAUUGAUUCAGCACUUCCAUAUGUGUUGCAUUGCGUCAGGUUUGAAAAAAGUGGCACUAAUGUAACUCAGGAUCAUAAAUGCUUACCGUAUUUUGUUGUGUAUAAUACGCACUGUUUAACCCCAAAAAUGUAGUUGUUUGAGGGGAUGCAUAUUAUACACAACUGUAGUCAGUGUUUUGGGUUUUUUUUUUUUGUAUAAUUUUUGUUAAGAUAUCCCAAAAAUUGGUAUUGCCCAAACUGUACCAGCUAUUCUGGAUAUUAUGAGAGAUUGCAAGUAACUUUACUAUCAAUUCUGACUAGGCAGUUUUAAUUUCCACAACUAUCAAUUUUCAAGCCUUUUAACAAUCUAAAUAGAAUUUACCACUUGCAAGUAACAGUCUGAAUUAAAUUUGACCUCUGGCAAGUAACAAUCUGAAUUAAAUUUGACCUCUGGCAAGUAACAAUCAGAAUAAAAUUGACCUAUGGCAAGUAACAAUCUGAAUUGAAUUUGACCUCUGGCAAGUAACAAUCUGAAAUGAAUUUGACAUCUGGCAAGUAACAAUCUGAAUUAAAAGUUAACCUCUGUCAAGUAACAAUCUGAAUUAGCUUUUAAAUUGACCACUGGUAAGAACAAAUUGGUUAACAUAUAAAUAAUUUCUGCUGUAACAGCUAAUACAUGUACACCAUUGAUAAUUCAUUUUGAACAAUGUCCCUAGGAUUAUUUCUUAAAAGAUUUAUCUCCUAUGCGGAAAAAGUAUUUUGUAAUAGCCAAAUUAUUUUUUCAAUUAUAGUUACCUGUGAUGUUAAAAACACUAAAACUUUAUAGAGUUUUUAUUUUUACCUUUUACAGGUUUUUUUACCAAAUAUUUUGUAAAACAUUACCACAAUUGGUACCAACCAAAGAAUGACAACUCUUAAAAAUGGGAGACAACUCAAAUCAUGUAUGCAGUAAAACAUAAAAGAAUUUAAAGUUCAGCCACUGGGAGUAGAUAAUAAUGAUUUUGAAUAUAACAAAUACAAAAUAUGUAGGAUCUUAAGAGAAAAAUAAUUGUGUUGUUAACCAAUGUGAUGAUUUUUCAUCAAAUAAUAUGAUGAGUGACCAAUAUCUGUAUAGGGCUUUCUUUAGGAAUCCUAACAGAAUCAAUUUUUUAUUUAAUUUUUUUUAUGUGCUUUCAUAAGAACUUACAAUGCUUUGUUUUAUGAGUAAAGUUUUCGAUAACAUUAGAGCAAAUUGUUCCAACAUCAAGUUUAGUAUCAGUUAGCAAAUUAGCAAUGUCACACUGCCCAAAAUUUCACUGCAAAUCACACAGUCAGAAGAGUUAUUCUAUCAGGAAAACUUAAGGACUUGGCUGACAAACCUAAUGUAGAUUAGCUUCAGACAUUGUUAAUUCAAAUAAUGUAGUCGUGACUUAAUAAAUAUUUCUACCUUUUAUGUCAGUAUGUAGGAUCACUUGUAUAGGACUAACUUGGAAGAUUUAUUACACAAAGGUUGAUUGAUUGCAAGUUUUAAAAGAAGGAUGACCAUGGUAUUUGAUAAAUUGUUGAACCAUUUUUUUUGGGAUGAUUUAUAUUUUUCCAUAUAGAAGAAGGUAGUCAUCAUUUCUUAUGAUAAACUAUUGUUCCGUUUUUCCAGUAGAUAAAAAUAGUUUACAAAAGUUCAACUAAUUAUCUUUUUGCUUUAAAAAGCUUUGGGAAUUUAAGGCCAGAUUUUCAGCCUGAUAUAUCUAUUAAAAAAGCGAAAAAAUUUAACUACAGUAUUACACAAAAGAGUUACAACUCAAAUAUUUAAUCACUUGUCACAAUUAAUGCCAAUAUCUUAUAACUGUAUUACAGUUUACCCAUAAACAAACCAUGGUUUAUACAAAUGAUUUUCAAUGUUUUUUAUUUGUUAACCGAGAAUAAAUUUUAAGGUAACUUAACCUCCUCUCAAUAGGCCUAAAAUUUACAAAUUAAUGCAAGUAUUUGCAUUACUUUUUGGUAACAAUUUUUUUUGGCGGGAGAGGAAGUUUUGAGGUUAUAAGAGAUCAUUUGUCUUUAAAAUUUAAGAAACUCCAAAAAAGUCACAUGUUUUUGCAUAAAGUUUAGUUCAACUAAAUACAUGUAUGGCUGCAUACAAAGAUGAAAAUGAUAUUUAAAGGUCAUAAGUUAUCUGGCCUUUUUCAAAAACAUAAUUGUCUAAAACAGUCAGCAUGUUAAGCAAUGGUCAAAGGCAUUUUAAAAACAUUUCACACAGUAUAUUUAACCUUUAAUGAUCCUAGUGCAUGACAUUUGAAUGUAAAAAAAAUGCGAAAUUUCCUCCUAUGUAAACAUGUUAAUGAAGAAAAACAAUCUUAGGCAUAUAAGCUCCUAUAGUGGGCACUUCGAAGACAUUUUACAAAUAUGUAUUUAACCUUUAAGGAUUAGAAUGUGAGACAUUUUAAUGAUUUAUUUAUUAUGAAAGUGCUAUGCAAUGUAUUGUUGUACAUAUAUACUACUGUGUACAAAUGAAUCUAUGAUUUUAUUAAAUUAACAAUCAGCU